AGGUUCUACUGCGUCAGUGACCCCGUGUUUUAUUUCAAGGCAUUAAACGGAAGGAAACAUGACUGCGGCAGAGAAUGUGUGCUACACGCUCAUCAAUGUUCCCAUGGAUUCAGAGCCCCCGUCUGAAAUCACCCUGAAGACUGAUCUUGGUAAAUAACAUGCCACUUCGGUGACACUUUCUAUUAAUGCAAACCAUUACUCCAACAUGGAGGGUCAUUUACACAAUGCAUUAGUCAUAAGGGCUCAUUAUUGCCUCUCACACCUUCCAGCUAUUAAAAAGUGGAAGCAGCCUGGAAUAGUAGAAGAGUAUGCUGUGAGUUUGCUUGGGGUCGGUGGGAGUUCUCAAAUGUUGCAGAAUAAUAUGACUACUUCCACCCUUUUCCCAGAUUUGUGCACAAUGCACAUUUUGAGCUAUCUUUCAGCAAUUUUCACUGAGCCAAGAAAUGUCUAAGAUUUUAAGAGUUUAUUCCAAUUCUUUAAGAGUUAUGCCAGGCACCAUAACCACUUCAUUGAUUUUGUGGUGCUUGAAGUCUGUAUGUGCAUGGUUUCACAGUGAAACGCUGAACAUGCCGAAUUAAUCCCUUUUCUGCCGGUGGUGUAACUCCACCUCUAGUGGUGUCUUAAGGCAUCAUCACGAUAAUGUCCAUUCUCUGCAAAUUUAGAUGCAUUGACGCUGCUUCAUUGGCUGAGAAAGGUCAGCUGACACUCUGUCACUGAAUGAGCGGUAAGAUUGACAGCCAGUUCUGCAGAAGUCAGAUUCUGUUAAACCUGCCAGGAGCCUAGUGGGCAAGCUGUUAAUGUAAAAUGAUUUGCCUCAUUAUCGGGGAACAGUGCAGUGUUAAUCUUGUCAUCAAAUUUCAAUUUAGUUGUAAUAUUUUUUUGACUAAAAAUUUUUUUAGUUUUAGUCAUAUUUUAGUAAUCUGAAUUGUUUUUAGUUUUAGUCGACUAAAUCAAAAAAUUUAGAUGACUAACAUUUGACUAAAAUUGUUAGCCAACAACAUUAAAGGGAUUCUAUAGUGCCAGGAAAACAAAGCCAUUUUCCUGGCACUAUAGAAUCCUACAGUGCCCCCUUCCCUCCAGGCUUAAGGGGUUUAAAACCCCUUCAGUCACUUACCUGAAUCCAGAGCUGAUGCCCCUCGGUGCUGGGUCAGGCUCGGCCCGUGCUUUUCCCCCGCUGACGUCAAUGAUUUUGCUGUGGGGGAAAAUCUGACACUGGACAUCCUCAUGCAGAGCUUAAGGACGUCCAGCGUCCGAUAACUGACCAAAGGUCCGUUUCAAUCUAGGACGUCCCUCUAGUGGCUGUCUGGUAGACAGUCACUAGAAGUGGAGUUAACCCUGGAUAGUAAUUAUUACAGUUUUUCAAUAACUGCAGUAAUUACUAUUGCAGGGUUAAGGGACAUGGGACAUUGCACACAAACUACUUCAAUGAGCUGAAGUGGGCUGGGUGCCUACAGUAUCCCUUUAACACUGCCAGCAAGCCAUUUAUUUAAGAAUAUCUGGGUGUGGGUGUCUGUUCCUAUAUUUGCAAUGAUAAUCUUGAUGGUUUCUUUUCUCUCCCUAGAAAAAGGAGACAUCAAAUCCAAGACAGAGGCUCUGAAGAAAGUUAUUAUAAUGAUUUUAAAUGGCGAGAAGCUGCCAGGUCUCCUGAUGACGAUCAUUCGCUUUGUGCUGCCCCUCCAAGAUCACACCAUAAAGAAACUGCUUCUAGUCUUCUGGGAGAUCGUCCCCAAAACUACCCCCGAUGGCAAAUUGCUGCAGGAAAUGAUCCUUGUUUGCGAUGCUUACAGAAAGGUGAGCAGGCUAUUACUAAUCUAUUACAUGUGGCUGUGAAUGUACAAGGCUAUACUAAUCUACAUGUGGCUGUGAAUGAACUAGUAUGCUAUAUUAAUCUACUUCACGUGGCUGUGAAUGUACAAGGCUCUACUAAUCUACACGUGGCUGUGAAUGCACUAGCCUAUACUAAUCUAUUACAUGUGGCUGUGAAUGAACUACUAGGCUAUACUAAUCUACUACAUGCGGCUGUGAAUGAACUACUAGGCUAUACUAAUCUACUACAUGCAGCUGUGAAUGAACUUCUAGGCUAUGCUAAUCUACUACAUGCAGCUGUGAAUGAACUAGGCUAUACUAAUCUACUACAUGUGGCUUUGAAUGAACUAACUAGGCUAUACUAAUCUACUACAUGUGGCUUUGAAUGAACUAACUAGGCUAUACUAAUCUACUACAUGUGACUGUGAAUGCACUAGGCUAUACUAAUCUACAUAUAGCUACAGAUGCACAGUUAUAUUACAUUUUAUUCAAUAAAUGACAUUGAUAAUAAGUUAUGUAGUUGGUUCAAAAAUGCCAUUGCCAAUAAAAAUUGCACAAGUGCACAAACUGCAUUAUUUUGCUAUAAAAGCUUGAAUUCGGUCUAUAUGUAACCGUUGUUUUGUAUUUGUAUUAUUAUUCGUAUGAAAAUAGUGAAAAUUAUUUUCCUUUUCAUACCAGCGAGUACAAAAAUAAUGAGACUGAGGGGCUUUAAUAAGUCUGCUUUGUUUCCAAUAUGCUUUUUAUUUAUUCCUAGCAGAUUAUAUUUUGGGUAGGUGUUAUCUCAAUAACCCAGUAAAAUUAUUUUAAAAUGUAGGUUAGUUGCAGAUGAAGUAUAUAGACAGUUUCUGUAAAUCUGAAUCAGAGAGAUGAUCUGAAUUAAUGAAGUACAAGAGAUCCGGUUAAAGAACAGAAGGUUAUGGCAGUUAAAAUAUGGCUUGUUACAAUUGAUGAUGGGAUUUUGUUUUCCCUUUUCACGAGAUAUAACUCUAUAAUAUCUCUUCGUAGGAUUUACAGCAUCCCAAUGAAUUCAUCCGCGGCUCCACACUGCGUUUUCUCUGCAAGCUGAAGGAGGCCGAGCUUCUUGAGCCACUGAUGCCGGCAAUCCGAGCAUGCCUUGAGCACCGGCACAGUUAUGUACGCAGAAAUGCCGUGCUUGCCAUAUACACAAUCUACAGGUGAGAUCUGGUAUAUCUAGGGUAUUUAGAGGACACACAAUGAUGUUCUUUUAGUAAUGUCUGUAUCUGUAGCAUUCAGAGGACAGGCUGUGAUAUUCUAGUAAUGUCUGGAUCUGGGGCUUUCAGAGUACAGGCAUUGGCAUGUUCUUCCAGUAAUGUGUCGAUUUGGGGGAUAUUGCAAGUUCAUCUAAUAAAGUCUGGAUCUCCCGUUGUUCAAAGAGCUAAUAGUCAAAUGUUCAUUUAGCAAAGGCUGUGUCAAUCUAAUGCUAAAAACCCCAGAACUCCCAGCGCCAAAGGGUAAAGUGAGAGAGAAAAAAGUCAUAUACAUAUACUAGCAUUAUAAUGCACCAAUAACGUCUGAACACAUAGUGAAUGGUUGUUAGAAAUGACAGUAAUGGCCACAAACCAGCAGCUUCAUGUCCACAUCUGAUCCGGUACGCGCUGCACUUCCAUGGGAACUUGUUCUGGCAGAGUUCUGUGUACAAAUAGUUUUAUUAAAUAAAUGUUUUAAAAUGCUUAUGAUGUGACAGUUUGAUCAGGCGUAUCUGUGAAAAAGCCAGUAACAGACAUGUUAUCCAGGCAAUAGGUGACAUUGAUGGUUUGUAGAAUCCACAGGGAACAUAUUUGAGGGCUAGGUGAAAGUGUCUGUUUAUAUCGUUCUGUUCAUACUGUUAUAUGGUUCUUUGUUUUUCCUGUGCAAACUUGUCUUUCCUUUCUCUCUUUGAGCUAAUAUUUUGAUAUCUGCUCAUUGCCAUUUGAGUUUAUUGCAAACAGUUGUUCGUGUUUAAUUUUCAAUGUUAUUUACUGAUUUCUAGAAACUUUGAACACCUUAUCCCGGAUGCCCCUGAAUUAAUCCAUGAUUUCCUGGUGAAUGAGAAAGAUGCAAGCUGCAAGAGAAAUGCCUUUAUGAUGCUUAUCCAUGCAGAUCAGGUGAGGCUUGGUCUGAAGACUGCUGCGGCAUUGUUCGAACUGAUCAUUGGGGCAAACGUCUGUUAACACGAGUGUCUUUAGCCUGUGUCUUGUUUGGGAGGUGGGAAGUGUUCAGUAUAUAAUGUCCGUUUCUUUGUACAUGGAAUAUACCCAUCUGCAUCAAGCCGUUUUGUCACUAAAAUAUUCUUUACAUAAAUCAGAAUCUUCUUGACAGAUAAUUUUCAUCUGACCUGGAAGCAGUAAAUGUAUUUGUAAUAAAUAUUGAGCGUAUGAUUAUUUCUUGGUGUGGAGGUGACCACCUGAAACCGCAGUAUGAUUGUCACACCCUCCGUAACAUUUGCUGUUAAAGCACAGAGAACAUAGUGUGAUCUCAUCCACUAAUCUCGAAUUUUUUUGAGCAGGUUCUCUCCCAGCAUGUAAUUCUGCAGAAAGUAGUAUGAAGCCAUUUUGCCUUCCUUUUUUCUUGAGGGAUUCACAUUAGUUAGAAUUUGUUUAUUACAGAAAAAAGGAGAGAUUUAAAAGGUGGGAAAUAGAGCAUUGAACGUUGAAUUGAAUGGGAUUUUGAAUAUGAACCUUUCUAAUUGAGACACUUACUGUGUGUUAGAAGAUAAGUCUGUUUACGCUGGUUCUGUUGGAUAAGGAGAUUACUUUGUGCAUGUGUGUAUAUAAUAAAUUUAAAAAACAAAAUUAUAUAUACUCCUAUCAUAAAAAUCACAAGAGGUUUACUGCAGAAGCACAUAGAUGCUAUCUAAAUAUACAGUUGAUUAACUGGACGGUGUUGCAUGACUGCCUAUAUCACCGUUUUUUAACUGAAAAGCCCGUUGUGAUGUCCUCUCAAUGUUCCCUGAAUACCCAUAGUCCGUGGGUGUAUACAACUUUGGCCUUUAAUGAUUGGCCACUGUUGUAAAUGUCUUUUUGCUCCUGUAGCUUUUUGAAGCAUUUUACCAUUAUUAAUUGUUAAAGUUUUUGGUUGAUGCAUGACUUCUUUCUUCAUGUCCACCAGGAGCGUGCUCUGGAUUAUCUGAGUACCUGCAUCGACCAAGUACAGACAUUUGGUGAUAUCCUACAGCUGGUCAUUGUUGAGCUCAUAUACAAGGUGUGUACUAAGGGUGCAAUCUGUGUGUGGCGUGGGUUGUGGGCGCUCUCUGGGUGUGGGUUGAGGGUGCAAAUUAUGGAUGAGGUUUCACUGGAAUAUUUUUUGUUUCUCUUUCUAUUCUGUUUGAUAUUUGAGGCUGGUUCGAUUAGUUUGCUAAUUUUAGUAGCUUUUAUUAUAAAGUGUUCUUGUUGUUACUAACUAUUUAAUUACUUUUCAUUUUGUAAAGCUUUAAUCUUUUGCUGCAUGAACAAUACACAAAUUUGUAGUUGGCCUUGAGCUGUAGACACAAUGUUGGCUGUGGCCUGCAUGUUGGUUUUGUCUUCACCCCUCAACUCCUAGUCUUCCAAACCUCUUAGUUAAUUAAAAGGGUUUUAGGAUGACAGGGGAGGGCCAGAGGCAAAAUAAAACUUCAGUAAGAUGAAGUUAAAGUGCCUACAGUGUCUCUUUCAUUCAUUCAUUCAUCCAUUUCUUUUUUUUGAUCCUGUCCUUUGGCCUGAUGUAAGGAGCUUUGUGUUCAUUUGCCUUUUACAUCCUCUAAACCAUGUCUACGUCCUGCAGGUUUGCCAUGCCAAUCCAUCAGAAAGAGCUCGUUUUAUUCGGUGCAUCUUCAACCUCUUGCAGUCUUCCAGCCCAGCCGUGAAAUAUGAAGCAGCAGGGACUCUUGUAACAUUGUCCAGUGCACCGACCGCCAUCAAGGUAAUGUGGGAAUUCCUGGUACAAGAUAUCUUCAUAAGAAGAACUUUUUAAAGUCCUUGACAUGGCCACAGGCAGGUUUUAGAAUGAGACUGACCUCCGUUAGAUGAAGAAGUAACUCCACCUGUAAGGAGCUUUUUGUUUUGGCCCUCGGGAUCUAAUCCGUCCAGUAGGGUUUAUGAGAUUUCAUUCAGCUGCCUGAUAGGUAUAUUGCUGCUGUUAUAAGACACUCACUAAAAUGUGAGUUGAUAGUAAUUCAAAGUAAAUUUCAAAUUCUAGCUAAAAUUGCUCAGUUAUAAUAUAUCUCCAAGCCAGCUAUAUUUUCAGUUCUGCUAGUUUGGCCUCAAAUUUGAAAUUCACUUUGAAUUAAUGAGAAUUCACACUUUAGUGAAUAACCCUAUGUAAGCCGGGAUACAAUGAUUUAAUCAGCCCCUUGUACAUCGUAACUUAAGCAACGGACAUGGGUUGCUAUGGUGCAUAUAAUGCUUUAAUUCACCAUAUAUAACCUGCUCUGCCAGUUAUUUUCCUAAAGGUUAUUCUUAGUGGCUAAUUGUAUAACGACAGUCACUGGAUAACCAUAAUUUAGUGAGACAUAAAACAAAAGAAAAAUGUAAAGUCUUCGUCUGGUUAUAGCGGGCGUGAAAGUGUUCCCCAUCAGUAACUGGUAUAGUUACAUAUCACAUAGUUACAUAGCUCAAAAGAGACUUGCGUCCAUUAAGUUCAGCCUUCCUCACAUAUGUAUUUGCUGUUGAUCCAGAAGAAGGCAAAAGACCCAGUUUGAAGCACUUCCAAUUUUGCAACAAACUAGGAAAAAAUUUCCUUCUUGACCCCAAAAUAGCAGUCAGAUGUCUCCUUGGAUCAUGCAGCUAUUACCCCACUAAUUAGAAAUUAUAUCUGUAAGGAAACCUAGUAUAUCCAAUACUCAUUCGGUAGUUUCCUUCCGAACGGCCAGAGCAUCAGUGACUAUAACUCUCCGUUCGGCAGAUAAAAUAAACUAUUCCCAUACGAAUGCAAUAGCUUUACCAGACGAUUCCCUUAGUAAAGCAUAUGAAUACCCAAACAUCAGCCGGAGUCUAGAAGAAGGGUGCAACAUAACUGAGCUUUAUUGUGCCACACUGGCUUUUAUGCAAGUCCCCGUGUAAGGGGACAUCCCACAGGGAGGGACAUGGUACAGCCAAUCAUAACAAGAAAAAUAGUUAUACACUCCCAUUGCAAACAUACAAUUCCCUCUUAGGAGACCGGCUUCCCAUGGGGCUGCUGCCCAAAACAGUUCCAUAAGUUUGGGUGGUUUUGCUGGUCUAUUUCGUAAAGUUGAAAUAAACAAAAAAUCCCACGAACGAUUUCCCCUGGCUCCUAGCAGCGAUUGUUCCCCUCAUACGAAUGCACAAAAGUACCGAACAGCACUCUCCUAGCUGUUCGGGAAACAAAGAUCCAGCGUUCGUAUGUUGGGACCGGUGUUCGGGAAGUCGAGUGUCUUUUUAGUUCCAGACACUCGACGACCAAGUCCCGCUGCCUUUGUUCACACAAACAAGAUGGCCGCCGUUUUCUCAGCCACGUGGCGAUCGGCAGUACGAACAGCGGCUGCACGGGUAGAGGGUUUAAUUGAAGCAUGCUUUUGAAGUUAACAAGCCGCGGGGAGAGGGGGGGGUGUCUCUGCUCGUUAGUUAAAUCUACCGAAUGAAAAGGGGAGAAAUAACGAACACUAAGAGGGAUUUCUUCACAAUAUCCCUGUAUGUUAUGUUUUUGCAAGUAUUUAUCCAAUUGCAGUAUAAACAUUUGUAUGGACUCUGAUAAAACCACUUCUUCAGGCAAAGAAUUCCAUACCCUUAUGCACUUACUGUAAAAAAAACAAACCUUUUCUUUGCCUUAAAUGAAAUUUCCUUUUUUCCAGCCUAAAUGCGUGACCUCGUGUCCUAUGUUUAGCCCUGUUUAUGAAUAGUUUUUCAGAUAAUGGUUUGUACUGGCCCCGACUAUAUUUGUAUAAUGUUAUCAUAUCCCCUCUCAGGCGUGUUUUUUUCCAAACUAAAGAGAUUUAAAUUUUUUAACCUUUCUUCUUAACUAAAAUGGUCCAUUCCUUUUAUGAAUUUUGUGGCUUGUCUCUGCACUUUUUCUAGUGCCAUGAUAUCCUUCUUUAGAACAGGUGCCCAAAAUUGCACAGCAUAUUCAAGGUGUGGUCUUACCAGCGAUUUAUAAAAAGGCAAAAUUAUUUUUUCAUCCCGAGAAUUUAUGCCCCUAUUUAUACAUGACAAAACCUUACUGGCCUUAGCAACCGCAGAUUGACAUUGCAUAUUGCUGCCUAAAUUGUUGUCUAUGACAAUUCCCAAAUCCUUCUCGUGUGUGGUUAUCCCUAAUUCACUACCAUUUAGGGUGUAAGUUGCUUGUGCAUUCUUGACCCCGAAUUGCAUAACUUUGCAUUUUUCUACAUUCAAUUUCAUCUGCCAUUUUAGUGCUCAGUCCCCGAAUCUAUCUAAAGCCCUCUGCAGCAAAGCAAUAUCCUGCUCACAUUUUAUUACUUCACAAAGUUUUGUCAUCUGCAAACACUGAUACAUGGCUUUCAAUGCUUAUUUCAAGAGCAUUUAUAAAUAUGUUGAAUAGAAGUCGUCCCAAAAUAGAACCCCGAGGGACACCACUUACCACUUUUGUCCAGCCUGAAAAUUUACCAUUAAUGACUACUCGUUGUACUCUAUCCUUAAGCCAAUGUUCUACUCAAGAACAAGAAUAUUCAUCUAGACCAAUUUCUUUUAGUUUGAAGAAUAACCUAUUGUGAGGAACCGUAUCAAAUGCCUUGGCAAAAUCCAAGUAGAUCACAUCCACUGCAACACCCUGAUUUAUACUUCUACUUACUACUUCAUGCAUUCUUUGGCGAUCAAUUUCUCAUUUUCUAGUUUAGCCACUUUAACCCCUUAACGACCAAACUUCUGGAAUAAAAGGGAAUCAUGACGUUAGACAUGUCAUGUGUCCUUAAGGUGUUUAAUUAGCUUUUUGCAAGUAUUAUUGGCUUUUUUUAUAUAGGAUGCCUCUGAUUUGUCCAAUUUAAAUGCCUUAAAUGCCCUUUUCUUAUUUUUAAUCUCUUGUUUUACUUCUCUACUAAGUAACAUUGGUUUCAAUUUGUUUCUUUUAUAUUUAUUACCCAAUGGUACAUACUGAAAAAUGUGCCUUUCUAAUAUUUGUUGGAAGAUGUUCCAUUUAUCCUCAGUGUUUUUUACUAAGGAGUUUAUGCCAGUUGAUAUCUUGUAGAGCUGCCCUUAUCUUAUUGAAAUUGGCUUUUUUAACAUUUGUUUUUUAGUAUACUCCACGUGAGUUUGCUUUUUUGAGUUUAUUUAAAAGAUUACCAUAUUGUGAUCACUAUUUCCCAAAUGCUCACCUACUUGAAUGUUGGUAAAAAGAUCAACAUUGUUUGUUAUAACGAGAUCCAGACAAGCAUCCUUUCUAGUUGGUGCUUGUACCAGUUGUGACAUAAAGGUGUAAUUUAACACAUUCCAAAAUCUGAUUCCCUUUGCUGAAGUACUAGUCUUUCUAUCCCAAUUUAUGUCUGGAUAAUUAAAAUCUCCAAUGAUUAACGUGUUACCCUGAUUUGCAGCUUUCCCAAUUUGCUCUAACAGCUGUUCUUCCUCAUUAUUAUUUACAUUAGGUGGUUUAUAACACAUCCCAACCAAUAAUUGGCAUCCCUUUGUUUGCCCCAAGCAGAUAUCUACCCAUAAAGCUUCCACAUUUUCCUCGUCACACUCCACAUGCCUAAGAUUUGACUUUAACUCAUGGUUGACAUACAAACAUACCCCACCAGCCUUCUUUUUUUGUUUUUCCUAUCCUUCCUAAAUAACAUGUACCCAUUUAAAUUAACUGCCCAGUCGUGUCUCAUCCCACCAUGUUUCUGUUAUGCCUAUUAUAUCAAUUUAUUUAUUCUAGUUCCCCCAUUUUGUUAUAUAGGCUCCUUGCAUUAGUAAUAGAUCACAUGGUUUUAUACCUUAGAUAAUUGCUUUCUGACUGGGAGCACCUACUUUUCCUUUCCCACAGUAUGCAAGAAUAUGGCCAUUUAGUCCAGCGUAUACUCUGCUUUUCCAACAGACUGCCCAGCGCCUGUCCUCAUAUCACACAGUGCUGCAGGUCUCUGUAAUAAUUAUACCUGUCAUAACUACUGGAUGUAGAUUUUCAUCCCAGAGUCUGUUUAAAGUGAAAUCCGUGUCAGCCUGUUCAUGAAGACUAAUAUACCAAUUGUUCUAUCUACCACUAGGCAGCGGCUCAGUGCUAUAUCGAUCUGAUCAUUAAGGAGAGUGAUAACAAUGUAAAACUCAUUGUCCUGGAUCGUCUCAUUGAACUAAAAGACCAUCCUUCUCAUGAACGAGUGCUACAGGUGAGCAGAAAGUCCUUCCACUGGAAUUCUCAUUAAUGUCUCUUUAAAUCCUGGCAUUGUCUAGGGUACAGAGGCCUGUAAUGUGAGAGAUAUCAUUCUGUUAUCCAUGUCUGUGGAGUAAUAGGACAUUUUAUUGAUAAAAGGUAUUUAAGGCUGUAUUGUUUGUUUUUCACCCCAAAGGACCUGGUAAUGGACAUCUUGAGAGUUUUGAGCACCCCAGAUUUGGAGGUACGAAAGAAGACUCUGCAGUUGGCUCUUGACCUGGUUUCUUCACGAAAUGUAGAGGAGGUAAAAUGCGUGGUGUGUUUGUGUGAAUGAGUGAACGCUAAACUCUCUUGCAUGUGCUCAUGCUGAGUUCUUUGCUUUGGUUCCAGCUGGUGAUUGUCCUAAAGAAGGAAGUUAUUAAAACCAACAAUGUAUCUGAACAUGAAGACACAGACAAAUACCGGCAGCUUCUAGUGCGUACCUUGCACUCGUGUAGCGUCCGCUUCCCAGAUAUGGCCGCCAAUGUCAUCCCUGUGGUAAGUAGGAAAUAUUGAACUCGUAUUGUGCGUUACGUGAAUUUGCAGCAAUACCUACAAUAACAAGAUAAACCCUGGACAAUGUAAUUCGAGGUAGAAAUUUUGGUUAAUGGCAAUGUAAGCCAGGCUCUGGUGAGGAGGAAAUAAAAUGGGCAAUUGAGCUGUGGCUGUGUUUGAGACGCACUUUAACGAACAGAGGCUUACUACCAACAGAGACAAAGUAGCAGUCGCUAUAACUACAUAAAACAUAAGGUGCAGUCCGUAAAAUUGAUUUCUCUGAAUAUGGAGUAUACGGUGAAAUAGAAUAUCUUGAUUUUAAAACGCAGACGAGAAACACGAUAACUAAAGUUCUUUCAGUAGGAUUGUUCUACUUUUUUAUUUUAUGCAGCGCGAUCAUUAAAUGUCAAUAGCUGUUGAUAGUUCCUGCAACUCUAAAUAAUGUUUAUUUUCUGCAGCCUCUAGAACAUGGCAGUAGUUAACAUUUCCCGUAACGUUGCUCCCUGCCGCACUGAUAGGGUUACUAAUCGUCCAUUUUUGUUCCAGCUAAUGGAGUUUCUUAGCGAUAGUAAUGAGGCUGCCGCAGCCGAUGUUUUGGAAUUUGUACGCGAAGCUGUUCAGCGCUUUGAUAACCUUCGACCUCUGAUUGUGGAGAAGAUGCUGGAAGUGUUUCACGCCAUUAAAUCUGUCAAGUAUGUAUUCAGAUUGCAUUUAAGCUGUCACUUUGCAUUUCAAAAUUUAUAUUAAAAAAUGUUAAAUAUUGUUUCGGAACACAUAAAAAUGCUUUGUGUAGAAAGGGAAGCCUUUUAUUAAUUGUUCAGGCUCAUCAUCAUUGCUAAACCAUUUAAAGAAUUGAGUAUAUGUGAUGUCUGGUCCUCUCCUGCAGGUAAGACCCAGGUAAAUGCACUUCUGGCACCAUAAUCACUAAAGAGGGCCUCAUCGGCAUUUCUACUAAUCACGUAGUUGAAACUUCCAUGGUCGUUAUCUGGUGCUAUCAGCUGGGGGUACUCUCAGUACUGGCGGUUAUGGUGCUUAGACUGAGCCUGGAAUGUUAUAGUUAAUCAGAUUUUUAUUUAAUUCUUUACAUCCUACCCUCUUUCUUAACCCACGAAUGCAGCAAUUUUAUUGCAGGAAAUUCAUUCUGUUGCCAUCCAAUGAGAGUCUAAAACAUGCACGUUAAUAUUAUUUCAGGAUUUACAGAGGGGCUCUCUGGAUUCUUGGUGAAUACUGCAGCACAAAAGAUGAUAUCCAAAGCGUCAUGACUGAAGUUCGUAGGUCUCUGGGAGAGGUAAGCACUGCUUAAAUAUACAAAUGUUCAUCUGGUAACAAAGAAAAAACACUAUUUCCAGGACAUAACUCGCACACCAUCCAUUUAACCAAUUCAUUGAGUGAAGCUAUUUUCAAGAAUUCUAGUUAAUGAGUUGUCUGCAAACCUUUAAUUUAUUUUGUGAACAUGAAAUGUAAAUUAAGAUAAUUAUAAUAUUUCAUGAAGGUGAAAUAUGUUGUGUCGCCAUGGAUCCCACUGAUCAGGGAUUUCCGUCACAUGUAUUACUACUAUUACAUGACUGUCUGCAGUAAAUUUGGCAAGGGUUCGGAUUUUAGAGUUUGCGUCCCUUGAAUUUCAGGUCCCAAUCGUUGAGACAGAGCUGAAAAAGGAAUCUGGUGAAUUAAAGUCUGAAGAAGAAGUGUCUGUUGGUCCUGCACAAAAGCUGGUGACCGAAAUGGGAACCUAUGUCACCCAAAGUGCCCUCAGUAGUUCACGGCCUGCAAAGAAAGAGGAGGACAGGUUAGUGCUAUGUCUGCCAGGUUAUAAAUAAUACUAAGCCAAAAAAAGACGUACAAUAAACGGUCACUUCAAAUAUUCCAACAUGUUCUAUUUUGUAUGAGGUUUUAUUUUGGAAAUGGUGGAACUGUCCCUGCAGAGCAUCAUGAGAAAUGUGGUCCCACAACCUCUUCAGCGCCAGUGCUAGCUGUCACUGCCUCAUAUUAGAGAUUUGUAUCCAAGGCCAGUGGUGCAGAUAUCCGGUAUCUGAUAUCCUCCUGGGGCACAGACAUCUAAGAAACUGUGUGCGCUGGAAUUGGGUGUAAAAAAACAUUCCAAGUAAUGGCUGUGAUGACUCCGUAUGGAAGUGGGUUAUUGUAAAUUCCCUAAUGAACGAACAGCAAGGAGGAGCUCCCUUUCUCCCUUCCUUCAGUUCUUGGCACGGAUGAACUUGACUGUUGCUCUGAGCUUGCAGAGUUGUUUCAUUCACGGGUUUUACUGAAUAUAUUCAAUGUGACGAGACCAAUCUUGCCACUGUGAAGUGGAGUAGCCUGGUUGCCUGCCUGCUGCCUUUAGACUGUGGCCCCAUGUUGAAACGCUUGAUUUUCCCCUGCGAUGACACGAAAGCCGGGUCAUUCGGUGCUAGCCCUGUUUGAGCGGUGAUACCCCAGAUAGCUAUGCCAUGGAGCCCAUUCGUAUAAUGAAAGACUAUGGGAAAGACUUUGGCUCCAUGGCAAUUGAACUGUAUGUGUGUGCUCUGAGCGCCAUCCAGUAAUAAUGUGCGCUCAGAUCUGAGCUAUCUGGGGAUAUGUUGAAUGUACCUGUUUUGUGCAAUGGCUGCACAGUUAUAUGUUUUUGUGUUUUAUUGUCUUUUGCUGCCAUGUGUUCAAUGGAGUUUUGCCUCUGUCCUUGGAGAUAAUUGGAUUACUUCCCAAUUAUCUCCAGGAUAGAAGACUCUGUGAAACUGGUUUUGGGUAGAAAAGCCAUGCUUCCUUUGGUCACAAAGGACUACGAUCUAUCUUUUGAACCACAGGACCAAUUUGGAUGAUUUUGACAUAUGUUUGUAUUUGGAGUAUGCUGAUUCUGAAAAUGUAAGUUUUAUGUGAAUGUAUGAUGCAUACUUUUCAAGUUAUGAAUAAUGUGGAAAAAUUGUAUUUCUCUGCUUGUGAUAAUUACAUUACCUAUUGUGUAAGAUAAUUGUAUCACAGGCAGAGGGGAGGAUUUUGUGUUGGAGUGUCUGAGUGUAUUGUAUGUGUUUACUGGUUGUGUUCCAAAACCCUGUGGGUGGUACUAAGGUGUAUAUAAGAACAAUAAACCCACAGCUCUGUCAGACCACUGCUUGACCCUCAACACGGAGCCUUGUCUCGUCCUUAGGGGGAUUUACUGUAUGCUGAUAGAGACUGAUUGCUAGGAGUGUAAGCCACUUGGGUGCUUUUCCUAUUCGUCUGCUAGCAGGUAUUCGUAUGGUUCCAGUUCGUGAGUUUGGAGUGCUAUAUUGUAUGCAGUUCGGGAGAUUGGAGCAUUCCCUUAUUUGCGGUUCGGGAGUUUGGUGUUCUACAGUAGCUGUGCCUGCAUCUCUGAAAGGGGACGAUCGCCUAAACGGUUUUAACCCCUUGUGUGCUGAAAAGGUCCGUUACAUUCAAUAUGUGCAGGCCCUGAGAAUUUGCAGUAAAUGAGGCGAACUCAUAGACAGGCCUGUUCUAUUUUUGUAUUGAAACUGGAGGCUCCACUCAAUGUAAGACUCUGUAAGCUGUUUGCAGUUAACCUAAGGUGCCUUUAAAUAAUGUAACAGAAUUUGUGUGUAAUCUGUUUAAAUGGUGUUAAACUGGGUCUGAAUUAUCUUUGAAGUAUUCACUGUCUUCUAAUUAUCACAUGCUGGGUUAUUUACUGAAAUAUGAGUUCCCAGGAAUGCCAAGUUUUAGGGGGCAAUAGCUGGAUUGGAAAAAAUAAAACCCUUAACUGCAGUCUUUUCAUUUUGUGUAAUUUAGCUUGAAAUCUAAAACUCCCAGUGUAUUCCUGACAAUUCAUCCUGUUUCAGUAACUUUCAGUAACGUGUCUCCAAUCGCGUCUCUCUUCUUUCCGCUCAGGCCUCCACUCAGAGGAUUCUUAAUGGAUGGCGAUUUCUUUGUUGCAGCUUCUCUUGCCACCACUCUCACCAAGAUCGCGCUGCGCUAUGUGGCUUUGGUUCAAGACAAAAAGAAGCAAAACGUAAGUUUAUAGUCUCUGCUUCCUAGGGACCAGGGUUUCCUGAGUGAUCUUCUGUUUCCUGGGUUAAAGAGGAGGUAACUGCAGAAGCAGCAGAUGCUGGGAUUUUGCUGCAAACAAGGGACAUUCAGAGUGUCUUCAGAAUUGUUUGUGAAUUUUCCUGUUAAUUAGCAAGUUGCAUAAUUUAUCCACGUCCCCUUCUGUCUCCUUCCAGUCUUUUGUUGCUGAAGCAAUGUUGCUCAUGGCUAGCAUUCUUCACCUGGGUAAGUCCUCUCUCCCAAAGAAGCCCAUCACCGAUGACGAUGUGGACAGGAUCUCACUGUGCCUGAAGGUCUUAUCUGAAUGUUCUCCGCUAAUGAAUGAGAUCUUUAACAAGGAAUGUCGCCAGUCUCUCUCCCACAUGCUCUCCGCCAAGCUCGAGGAAGAGAAACUUUCACAGAAGGUAAAAAUUAUUUGCACGUUGCUCCCUGCGUCUUUGUACACCAGAGUGAGUGUUAUACAGAGACAUAUUGUUACUAUAUGGUGGGCACUCAUGCAUACACAUCUGUGUGUUGUAUGGAGUUAAUAUCAGAUUGUGUGCAGUGCAUAUUAUUGUAAGUCAAUAUUUUGGUUAAAUAAACCUGUUCGUUUCGUGGUGGCUAGAAAACUCUUCCAACACAAGGGGGUUGUGUAUAACUGAUUGUAGGUUAUGGACUAGAUAUCUUUUUAUUUUAUGCGGUUUAUGGUCCUUAGAUUCAACUUUAUCCACUAUAGUCCGUUGUAGUGAUUAUGUUGCUAGGACCAUAGACAUAGUCAGUUUGGUCCCCGAGCAUCUGCAGCCUAGCUCCCAAUUUGCUGGAUUGCUAAUUUAGAAAUUCCUCUUCUGCAUCAUCAAAGUCCAUUUCAUCCAGGUUUAAUUGAAAUUGCCAAUGUUCAACUUCCGCAUUAACAAAUUUCAAUCGGGUUAGACAAGCUGUAAGUGCCAUGGGGAAGCCACAGUUGGUCAAAUGACUUGACUCAGAACCAGAGGAUGAAGUCUGCUGUCUUCUAGUACCAUAACCAUUACAACAGGAGUGCUUAGUGUCUCUUUAUUCUGCUCCAGUUGGGCUUUGUUCACAUGUGAUUGACUAAUUUGGCGAUACAUAAAUUGCUACCUUUAACCUCCUUGAUGGCAUUUUGGAUUAUUAAUAAAACAAAAUCCUAAAAGUUCACCAAAUCCUAAAUUAUUGCAGUUGUGAUAUUAUAGAAACUAAAAAUAUUGCAUCUUUUGAUCUGGCCACAGUUUCUCACUAGUAUAAUAAAUAAAAAUAAAUGGAGGAAGGGCAUGAAUCGAGUGGUAAUAUAUUACAAGACUUUCCUGUUAUUUAGCUGCGCAGGUAUUUUCAAAUACAGUGGAUGAUGUUAUACCUGCAUGAAACAGCAGGGGGCACAUUAGGCGGAGUUUUUUACCCUGGGGCAGCAGCUGCCACUUUUAAUGUAUCGGCGUAACUCCCAUCACUCUCAGAAUAGAUCUGAGCUAUAUGUCCUAGUCUAAGAUUAAAGGAGUUGUAAUAUAAAACAGACUUAAUGCUGAAACAAUCAUUGGGGAGCAUAUCAUGUCCUAUUUCGUUGUGGAGAUUUUGGUGGCAUUUUCCCAUAAUAAAUCCACACUGCUGUCUUGCAAGAAAGAGUUUGUUCUGUGUCAUUAAACAUUAGAAGGGGUAAGCGCUAAACAGAUGAUGGGCAGAAAUCUACACACAUGAGGUAGAUUUAGAAUAUCCUAAAUGCUGCAAAAUUGUUCAAUGAAGUGUUGACCUCUCAAUUCUCAAUCGACUUCUUAAUUCACUGGGAUCUGCAUUAUACAUCUCGUUGUUUUCCUGUUAAACAGAAAGAAUCUGAGAAGCGCAGUGUGACCGUGCAGGCUGACGAUCCCAUAUCCUUCAUGCAACUGACAGCCAAGAAUGAGACGUCCUCAAAGGAAGAUCAGUUCCAACUGAGUCUGCUCGCUGCAAUGGGGACCACCCAGCGAAAGGAAGCUGCGGACCCUCUGUCGUCCAAACUAAACAAGGUAAAUUUCUUUGAAAUCAGCAGAUCAAACUCAUAUUGCUGCACUGAGUAAAUACGUAUAGCAUUAGUGUUUUAUUGUGUACUGUUUAAUAGUGUUUUUGUUAGUUUUAUUCUUUAAAUCUUUCAUACUCUAAUUUAAGAGAGAAAAAUAAAUUCAAGAAACCCCCAGUUUUUACACGCUCCUAAUUUUUUUUUAAUUUGAAAUUCUGACAUUCUUUAAGUGCGUUCAGCUUCGUGUCCAGGAUUCUUCAGAAUUCCUCAGCCACUCGACGUGUGUGUGUGUAUUUUACUGCAUUUGCAAUUGUGAUGUGCAAAGUUUUUAGUUGCAGUAUAAUCUCAUUUUAAAAUGGCACAAUGUCCUCUACAUACCAUUCUCAUUUUCCCUGGUAGGUUACACAGCUAACCGGUUUCUCAGACCCAGUCUACGCAGAAGCUUAUGUACACGUUAACCAAUAUGACAUUGUUCUGGAUGUAUUGGUUGUCAAUCAGACCAGCGACACCUUGCAGAACUGCACUCUGGAGCUGGCCACUUUAGGUAAGUGGAUAGGAUUUGUUUCAUGUCAACGUGGAGGUGCUAAUACAUAAAAUGGAGGAGGGAGGGAACUAUUUAUUCUUCCUAUUUGUUGCAGAGUUUUUCAAAGAAUUCUAUUGGUGACUGUUGAGAACUUUGUUCUUGUGUUACUCUAAGUAGCAAAUUCAUCAAAAUGUGUGAAGUUCUAUAAAAUGGAAAUAGAGCAAAUGCACAAUCCUUAGUACAGCAAUGAUGUCUGCUGGUGCUCUGUGCUGCCAGCAGGUGGCAGUAAAUGUUUAUUUUAAAUCUAUAUAAGAAGUCAAAAUACCAGAGUAUUGCAGUAUGCAAUGAUGCAUUUUUUUUAUUGGACUAACAUAUUCUUUAAAAGACUAGCUUCCGAGAAUUUUCCUCUCUUUCUCAGGUCUAAAACAAUAUUUAGAAUAUCUCUAAAUCUUGUCUUUGAAAUAUUAUGUUAGACAAAAAAAAAUUGUCCUGCAUUAAUGGCAUCUUGUCUACUGGACUGAUACGACUAAUGGCUUAAUCUACAUUAAAUGUAUAUACUCUGGGCUUGCAAGAUCAUGUCUUUCUUUCCUUGUACCCGGUAGGUGAUUUGAAGCUGGUGGAGAAGCCAUCUCCUCUGACUCUUGCCCCGCACGACUUUGCCAACAUUAAAGCUAAUGUCAAAGUUGCAUCUACAGAGAAUGGGAUCAUUUUUGGGAAUAUUGGUGAGUGUGGCAUUGCUGGGAGCGUUCACUUGUGUGGGAUCAUAUAAUUACUGGAACAAACCCUUAUUUGUAGAUUAUAGGGACACUAUAAUGAUUAAGUAGUUAGAUCAGUUUGAAUUUAUUGCUUCAUUUUUUUUAUUAUUUUUAAAAGUCUUGGAAAGUGUUUGUCUGUAUUUAUGGUGCAGUGUGAAGAGUAAGAAGCCAGACAAUGGCACUUCAGAAAAGGUUCUUUCGCGAGCAAUCUGUGCCACAAAGUACCCAUCACAUUCACGUUCCACCCAAUGUCUAAUGCCAGGCUGAUAUCUUGUACUGAACCCACCUAUUACUUGCAGAACUGAACGCACAUCACCUGCAGCAUCUAAAUGGCGACCCUUUUAUACAGAAUUUUACACUUGGCCGAUCACACAACAUACAUAGCUGCUUCUUGACGUAGCACUUACCUAGUAGAUGAUCCAACAGUUUAAUAACACAGAGCUCUGCCAGGCCUGAGAUUGUGCCCACCUCCACUGCAUUGACCAGACUAAAGACGGCCACAGUGGCUUAAUGAUUUAAGUAAAAUAUUGUCCCAGUGCUGUAAGGUGAUAAACCACCAAUGUUUCCAAUUGGUGGUAGCCUGAAUCCAACGUUAUACAACACAAAAUGGGGUCUACUAGAUGCGCUACUGCAGCCCUAUUAUGAAAACCUUGAAUAUUCACUCUUUCCCCUCACACUAAAUUGGGUUGCACAAGUGGAUCCCAUUUUGCGCUCAGUCUUUCCACUGCGUUGAUAUUACCCAAUUCAUACUUCCUUAUCUUUUCCAUCCAAGCUUAACAGAGUUGAUCUCCAUGGGGUGCUGAGCAAAUCUAAAUCUCAUAUCUCCAAUUCCAUUUACAGUGUAUGACAUAUCUGGGGCAGCAAGUGACCGAAACUGUGUAGUCCUGAGUGACAUUCACAUUGACAUCAUGGAUUACAUCCAGCCAGCAUCCUGCACAGACACAGAGUUCAGACAGAUGUGGGCGGAGUUUGAGUGGGAGAACAAGGUAAGUGCGGCAUUGAACGAGCUGCGACUUCCUUGUUAGGGAUUUUAUUACAGUGUAUAUUUUCUGACAUUUCCUGACCCCGUUAUGUUUUACACCAUUUCCAGCCCUUUAUAUUAAAUAUUCCAACCAAUCACUACAUCCUUAAAGUGAUGAAUCAUUUGUGUAAUUUUUUAUUUCUCCAGGGUCCUCGUGUCAUGUUCCCCCACAUUCUGCUUGGAAAAACUUCCCCAAGCAGCAUGCAUCCCCCUUUAACACAAACACUGGAAUAAUUGCUUUAAUAAUAGUUGCUUUUGAUAGAGAUCAGCCUGUAGGAUGGUUCUCCUGUUCUGUCACUCAAUUCUUGGCAUAGAAGUAAAUGUACACUUUUAUCUGCAUUUCCUCCAGCACUAUGUGUAUAGUUACAUUAGGAUUUUCUUACCUUAAUGUAAGGUUGUAUGUGCACAAUGGUUACACAUUAAACAGAAAGGAAGACAUUUAAGGGAACACUCCUGACACCUAAAGCAAUUCAGCUUGCUCUAGGCACCAUAACGACUUCAUCUAAGUGAAGCUGGAAUAAUACCAGUAGGUCCUGAGCUUAUUUUUACCUUAAGGGGUUAAACAGAUUACAAAUGUUUUAACCCCAAAGUAGUGAAAAACUGCACUAGUCUGCUAUGCACCUCUCCUUCCAGUGAUGGUCCAAGGCUUCAAUCAGCCUCAGAAUAGGCACUGCUGAUAGGCUGAGUGUGUCAGCUUACUUCUCAGCCUAUCAAACUGUGAGAAAGGUACGUACCUCAUUGAGACGAAGUUAUGGUGUCGUUAGUGUUUCUUUAAGGUGUUAAUUUCCUGUCUCUGAGGCUUCCUAAAAGUGCCAAUUUCAAAAGUUUCAUUUAGGAACACCUCCUAACUGUCAGCUAGAAGGGUUUCCUGUCUCACUUAAUUCAAACUGUUGUACAAAUCGUAAGUGAGUGACCCUCACGGCAUUGGCGGAUCCGGGGGGGGAGGGGAACUGGGCAAUUGCCCCCCGAGAUUCUCCCCUGCCGGCUAAUGCAGGGCUGGUAUUGUCCAAGUGCCAGCCCUGCAAUGUGCCUGCGGACCGGGGAGGGAGAUCAGAGAUCUCCCUCCCCGGUCUGCAGGCACAUUGCUGACAGCGGCGGGGGAGUGAGAGAGAGGACCUGGGAGCUCUGCCUGCAGCUCCUCCGGGUCCUCCUCUCUGGAGAUUUGGAGCAUUGCCGCUGUUACCACGGCAACGGUCCAAAUCUUGCGAGAGUGAAGUCUAGCCCUGGAGCACGGGCUAGAGUUCACUCUCCCCACUGAGACCACCAAUGAAUCCCCCACCGGACCACCAGGGAAAUGUCCCCCGUCCUCCUCAACAAAGGUAAGAAGGGAGGGAGGACAUCAAUAUAUUUAUUUAAAUAAAAAAUAUUUUUUUUUUUAAAAAGCCUCCCUACCCUCCUUCCUCCCCCAUACAAACACACUGCCCCCAUACACACACACUGCCCCCCACAGAUACACUGCCCCCACAUACACGCACACUGCCCCCACAUACGCGCACACUGCCCCCACAUACGCGCACACUGCCCCCACAUACGCGCACACUGCCCCCACAUGCGCGCACACUGCCCCCACAUGCGCGCACACUGCCCCCACAUGCGCGCACACUGCCCCCACAUGCGGCACACUGCCCACUGCUUUCUGCCCCACAUGCGCGCUUUUCUCCCCACAGAUACACUGCCCCAUACACACUGCCCCACACACUGCACCCACACUACAAACACACUGCACACCCAUACACACACACUGCAAAUACACACACUGCCCCCACACAUACACACACACUGCCCCCAACCAGCACACACACCACAAACCUGCACACACAGACACAUACAGUGCCCUACACACACUGCUGCCCCCCUACACACAUUGCCCCACACCCACGACCCCCAUACAUACAGUGCCCCCCAUACACACACUUCCCCCCCAUACAUAAAGUUCCCCCCCAUACAUAAAGUUCCCUCCCCAUACACACACUGCCCCACAGUUCCCUCACCAAACACACAUACACACACUGCCACCCUCACACACACACACUGCCCCACACAUACACUGCCCCCUAACACACACUGCAACCAUGAUAUACACUGCCGCACUCACACACACUUUACCGCUCACACACACUGCACCCCUAACACACACCACUGCUCCUAUGACCUAUAUCCCAGCAGACCCCAGGUAAGUUGUCAAACUGUUCUUAAACGGUAUGACUACUCUCGGGUGGGAUCCUGGCACUACUGGCAUCAUAACUACUACACUGAGCUGUAGUGGUUAUUGUGCCAGGAUUAUUUAUUCAAAUAAUCUACAAGUGCCCCUCCCGAGAUCAGGCUCUGGAUCCGCCACUGCCUCACGGAGAAGCUUGGGUUUAUCGGUGAUGGGGGUGAUAAAACUAAACUGAAUAAGGAACACUUCAAUUAAAAAUUCGAUAGAAUUUGUUUUUUUUCUUUUAAAACUUUAUUUGGAGUUUGUAUUUUUUUUUUCCUAUGACAAUUAAAAAAACUGUGUGUCUUUAAUUACAUCACUCCUGUUCUUUCUUUCUUUGUAGGUGACCGUUAACACAAACAUUAUCGACCUGAAUGAAUAUUUGCAGCAUAUUCUCAAAUCUACAAAUAUGAAAUGUCUCACCCCAGAAAAGGUAUGUGAUGAGAUCUUUCAGGCUGGUUGUGACAAAUGCAUAAAAAUGCAUAUAUAAACCUGAAGAGUUAGCUGUAAAUCAGUAGGGAUUGCGGCAACCUGUCAUUAAAUCAGGAAGUGGCCAAUCCUGCUCCCUUUUUCAUUGGUAGCUGAACAUAGUACAUAUGUCUGGCCAGGAUUAUGGGCCUUGCAUAAGAAAAAGCUUCAUGCCCUGCGCUAGUUAAUGGAAUGGUUACUGUAUUUUGUAAUGUUCUGAGUACAUUGUGAGCUGAAUGACGUGUCACAUGUAUUGUGUCCUGUUCUGUGUGUUGUGUAGCAGGGUUGAUAUUGUGUUAAUUGUGCUCAAUUUUUUUUGUACUUGUAUUGCUUGACAGUAUUUGUUGCAUAUACAAUAUAACUCACUGUGUGUUCCCCUGACAGGCUUUGUCUGGGUACUGCGGGUUCAUGGCUGCUAACCUCUACGCUCGUUCCAUAUUUGGAGAGGACGCACUCGCCAAUGUCAGCAUUGAAAAGCCAAUUCACCUGGGUCCAGACGCCCCUGUGACCGGCCACAUACGAAUUAGAGCCAAGAGCCAGGUAAGUGAAAUCAUGUCUCCUUUGUGCGAUUAAAACAUAGUAUUUCAUACUUAACAGCCCGUGUUCGGGGUACAAUGAAAAAGUUAGAAAAAGUUUGGGGCCCUUGGGUAGCUAACGCAGCAAGUGUGUGAUGUACACAUAAGCGAGACUCCCUUGGGCAGGCUUGGAUGGAGUGGUUGUAAGUUAGACUGGAUUCCUCUGCGCUCCCACUCCACUUACUUCUUCCUCUUACUUUUCCCUUUCCCUGUACUAUCUCAUUCUAUCUUCACACAUACCCCUCUUAUAUCUUUACUCUUCUCUUACUUUUGUCUGAGAGAAUUAUAUACAACUGACCUAACAUUGCCUUACAAUGUGUAAACAACUGGCACUGCUAAAGGAUGUGGUCAGAAGAUUAUAGGUGCAAAAGGAUAAUAAUUCGAUAGAGCUAGAGAAAAAGACAUAUGGGGCCCGUGCAUAAUCGCAGGGGAAUGGAUGGGGCAUGUUCUAUUGACAAAAUAAAUGUUUGUUUGGCGGUCUUAGCCUUGUUAUAUUUUUUAUAUUUUUCGUGUAAAACAAAAAUCUACCAGGGAGAACAGAGAUACAGUGCUGUAAUGUAUGAUAGAUACACUUCAUGUUACUAUGUUGCAGUAAGGGGGUGCAAAGAUUGUUAGCUCACUGUUAUUGCAAAUACGAUACAAUACUUUUUUGCACGGUGUAACAAUGUAUUACAAUGUUUUGAUGCAUCAUGUUCUCAGUGUAAUGUUCUGCCUUGGAAUAAAUAAAGAAUUAAAAAAAACAAAAAAAACAUAGUAUUUCAUAAAGACUCCAUAGCACAAAGCAGGGACUAGUCUGAGGUUACAAAAGGCUGUUCAAUCCCAGCAGUCAUGACAAGGGAUGGCUGUGGGAUUCAGGCAUCGUCAGGCGUGUUUAUUGGGAGUCAUAAUCUGUGGGGUCUUUGUUAGACCUCAGUGUUGUAGUCUCAUGGCACCUGGCAGUUAAAGUGCCAGGAGCUGAAGAAUAAACUUAGAAUGAAGAUGGCAGCAGCCGUGAGUGACUGCUUCAAGUAAGUAGAAUUACAGCCACCGGACUCUAACCUGACAUGUCACAUUUGGGGGUCUUUGUAAAAUAUAUAUAAAGACCCCCUAAAAUGACAUUCACUUUAAAGUGCUUGCUAGCCAGUUUAAAAUGAUUAUUCAGCAUCACAUCAUGGUUCAUAUUCUGAUUAAAAUAAUCCAUACUGACAAAUCCCAGCCCUCACUUUAGCAGUAUCUUAAAAAUCUGUGUCUCCCUGCGUGGUAUAAAGACAUCUAGUCCAGAUCUGUUCCGUUGCUCCUAGUUUUUUCUGUAAAUGAUUUGUGCUUUUUCUUUCUAGGGAAUGGCUCUGAGUCUGGGAGACAAGAUUAAUCUAUCUCAAAAGAAGACAAACCUAUAAAGCAGGUUCCGGAAUCCAUUCCAUGAGAUAUCUAUCAGCGGUCGGCUGUUAAACUUGGAUCUUGCUGUCUCUUUUUUCCUCCCUGCUCUCAGUGUGUAGUAGCGUUUCUGACUGCACCAACGCUGAAAAUUCCUAGCAAGUUGAGAUCUCUGCCAUCAUGAUUCAGUAAACCUACAAGUUCAAUAUAUAUAUUUUAUUUUUGGUCUUAUAAUAAUACUGUGUCCUAAACUCCAAGGCUCUGUGUCUGUGCUCAUCUGUUGUGACAAUUGACAAUAAAACAGUCCUUUUGAUUACUUUUGUCUGUAGAGAUGGGUUUAUUGUGUAGUCAGAACUUCAAAUUUUCCAUAUUUAUCUAGAUUUACCUGUCCCCUUCCUGCUACUACAUGGUGCCGGUCAUACUCAGUUAGAAUGUGGACAGCCACUGUGUAUUUAUACAUCCGAAGAUAGCUUCAUGAUCAAAGACUUUAUUUUACAAUUGUGUGGUUCAUUUAUUUUUUCAACAUUUCAUAGAUAGGGUCGUUACUUAAAGGACCACUAUAGACACCCAGACCACUUAAGCUCAAUGAAGUGGUCUGGGUGCCAGGUCCAUCUAGGGUUAACCCUGCCUCCUGUAAGCAUAGCAGUUUCUGAGAAGCUGAUAUGUUUACAAUAGGGUUAAUUCAGCGUCUAGUGGCUCUCAUUGACAGGCACUUCGGUGCUUCUCACUGUGAGAAGAUGCCAGCGUCUAUAGGAAAGCAUUAAGCUGGCCCCCCAGCCUUGCGGGAUGGGGGCUAUGAGGGUGGGGGGAGGGGGGGGGACCUAUUAACACUAUAGUGCCAGGAAAAGGAGUUUGUUUUCAUGGCACUUUAGUGGUCCUUUAAAUAAAUGCCCUUUCUAUAAUAAGUUUGUGAUUUCACAAGAGCUUGUUACCUCAUGCUGUAAAUACAGUGCACACAAAGAAUGUCAUUAUCACACAUACUAGACAAAGCCACUUAGUAAGGGGUUAACUGCUCUCGGACUGGGAAUUGGGACACAUUCCACCCAAAACAGGGUUAUUCACAAACUUGAACUAUCGGGAAUUCAAAGUGAAUUUAUAGUUGGGUUUUUUUCCCCAAAAAGUAGCUUAGUUGGAAAAAUUUUUCCUAGUCGGUAGUUUUCAAUUUUUGGAUUAAAGGUACACUAUAGUCACCUGAACAACUUUAGCUUAAUGAAGCAGUUUAGGUGUAUAGAACAUGCCCCUGUAGCCUCACUACUCAAUCCUCUGCCAUUUAGGAGUUAAAUCCCUUUGUUUAUGAACCCUAGUCACACCUCCCUGCAUGUUACUUGCACAGCCUUCCAUAAACACUUCCUGUAAAGAGAGGGUUUCUUUAUUGCAGGUUCUGUUUAAUUAAGAUUUUCUUAUCCCCUGCUAUGUUAAUAGCUUGCUAGACCCUGCAAGAGCCUCCUGUAUGUGAUUAAAGUUCAAUUUAGAGAUUGAGAUACAAUUAUUUAAGGUAAAUUACAUCUGUUUGAAAGUGAAACCAGUUUUUUUUUUCAUGCAGGCUCUGUCAAUCAUAGCCAGGGGAGGUGUGGCUAGGGCUGCAUAAACAGAAACAAAGUGAUUUAACUCCUAAAUGACAGUGAAUUGAGCAGUGACAUUGCAGGGGAAUGAUCUAUACACUAAAACUGCUUUAUUUAGCUAAAGUAAUUUAGGUGACUAUAGUGUUCCUUUAAAUUUAAAAAUCACUGUAAUUCCUCAACAAUUCACAACUUAGUGACUAACCCUGAUAACAACCGAAAUCAUAUUUUCGAGUUGAAAUAUUUUGCCCAGCUGAGCCGUUAUUAGAUUGAGAUUAUUACUAUAGGUUUGUCUUAAUUUUCAGAAAGAGGUUUUUAUACGUUGAAACAAUGUGGAUCAGUUAUUUAAAUCUUGAACAAUGUUUGUUAUGUGAGAUUUUCAUUAGAUGCGCACAUGGGCGGUUCUGAAAUAUGUGUAUUCACAAAUAUCCAACACGUUCAGAAACUGCAUGGUUUAUUUACUAAAAAGUGAAAUCAAUACAGAUUUGAAAAAUGCACCUGUGAUUUAUAGUCUAACGGGAGAUUUCUUUUUCCAAAUUGCCCUUUUUGAUUGAAGUGUUUAAAUUGUGUUCACUGUUCACAUUUCAUGUAAGCAAUACAGUGCUUAUCGCUGAAAGUGCGAUAAUUAUUAUAGAACAGAACAAGCUGGAUGUUAAAACAAUCAUGAUAUGUGUCAUCACCUGACCUGCCCCUCACAGGAGAUAAUUAAAUAUUCCAAUCAAUGUGAAUGGAUCAUGUCCCCAGCUGGCCAGCGCUGGUUGUGCACACACCGGCUAUCCAUCAGAAUGUGCAAUGACUUUUUAGGAUUUACAGGAUUCUAAUGGAAACAGCUGGGAAAGCUUAAAAAAAUUCUCCAAUUUGCAUUAAUUUUAACUGC